AUGGCUGCCGCAUCAUCUUCCACCUUCACAACGCCGCGGAGCAUAAACCCCAUUUCAGCAAGAAAAUUUUCCUCUCUCUCCUCCUCCAACUCGGUCUUCUUCAGCUAUAACAUCACUAAUCGGGGGCUCGCGGUGGAUCGCCACAGGAGAGCUAAGAAAAGGGGUUUCUCCUGCAACUGCCUAUUCGGGCUCGGGGUUCCCGAGCUCGUCGUCAUCGCGGGCGUCGCCGCGCUCGUUUUCGGGCCGAAGAAGUUGCCUGAGGUGGGCCGUAGUAUUGGCAAGACGGUCAAGAGUUUCCAGCAGGCUGCAAAGGAAUUCGAGACAGAGCUGAAGAAAGAUGGAGAGUCGUCUGAAGAGCUGUCCGGUGAGAGGAUUACAACUGCCGGUGAGGAAAAGCAGCAAAAGGUUCAAGUUCCCAGCGUGAAAGAGAGUUCUUAA